UUUCCUCCCUCCCUUGACACAGCAUAACCCCUGAAAGGCAGUGCGUGUGUGCGUGUCACACAGAUAACCAGAGUUCGUGUCAGGAUGCCUGCGUACGCCACCAACAUGAGGCUGAAGUUCCCCAUCGUGGCCUUGACUUUGGAGAUUAUCACCAUCAUACUGUUUGCAGUGUUCGCGGUCUACGACGAUGGCAAAGGUCACGGGCACGACGCGCACUCCAAUGGGACUGUCGAGGGAAAACCCAUGGAUCUCUACCCCAUGUUUCAGGACGUCCACGUCAUGAUCUUCAUCGGCUUCGGGUUCCUGAUGACCUUCCUCAAGCGGUACGGCUUCAGCAGCGUGGGCGUCAACCUGCUCCUGGCCGCCUUCGGCCUGCAGUGGGGCCUCCUCAUGCAGGGCAUCUGGCACCUGGACGACGGCAAGAUCAAAAUCAACAUCUUGAAAAUAAUCAACGCAGACUUCAGCACAGCCACAGUCUUGAUCUCCUUUGGAGCCGUUCUGGGUAAAACCAGCCCGGUGCAGCUCCUCAUCAUGACCAUACUGGAGAUCACCAUCUUCUCCAUCAAUGAGCAUCUGGUGGCUAUGGUUCUAAAGGCUAAUGAUGUUGGAGCGUCCAUGAUCAUCCACGCUUUCGGAGCCUACUUCGGCCUGGCAGUGGCUCGGGUGCUUUACCGACCGGGUUUGAGAAAUGGACACGAGAACGACGGAUCUGUUUACCACUCUGACCUGUUCGCUAUGAUCGGAACCGUCUUCCUGUGGAUGUUCUGGCCCAGUUUUAACUCGGCCAUCGCUGAGCCCGGUUACCCUCAGCUCACCGCGGUCAUCAACACGUACCUCUCACUGGCCACCUGUGUGCUCUCUGCCUACGCCAUCUCCAGCCUGGUGGAGCACAAAGGAAAACUGGACAUGGUGCACAUUCAAAAUGCCACCUUGGCUGGCGGUGUUGCCGUGGGAACGUGCGCCGACAUGAACAUCGAGCCAUUCGGGGCCAUGCUGAUUGGAUUAGUGGCUGGCAUCAUCUCUACCCUUGGCUUCAAGUUCCUAACUCCCAUCCUGGCAUCGAAGCUGGGCAUCCAGGAUACCUGCGGCGUCCACAAUCUGCACGGCAUGCCUGGCAUCCUGGGUGGGCUGGCUGGUAUCGUGGCCGUCAGUUUGGGGAAGAAGGAAGGAGGUAACGCUGCCAUGCAAGCUGCUGCCUUGGCCUCAUCCCUCGGGUUCGCUCUGGUUGGAGGAGCUCUCACAGGCUUGAUAAUGAAGUUGCCGAUCUGGGGACAGCCUCCGGACCAGAACUGCUUCGAUGACUCUAUUUACUGGGAGGUUCCCGAGGAGGAGGAGGAGAAUGAGGAGAGCUUGGCUCAUGCCGAUCACUCGAAGAACAAAGCGGAGGCUUAAAGAACGUGCCCAUCAUCCACCGAUCUUCAAAUGAAGAAGUGAAGGAUUACUAAUCUGCCACGCGAUGACCACAGAUAACGAUUUGCUUUGUUAUACGAAUACGAUUUUCUUUUAUUAGAGGAUUUAAUCUUCUCUUUAACACAAACACUUCAAUUUUGAAGCAUUUUCUUAACACAUGGGCUUUUACACACAUGAGUAAUUUUAUGCUGAUGAUUGAUAUGAUUAAAAUGAAUCCCAUUGACACUCAGAAAAAAAAUAUUUUGAAAACUUUGAAAAAGACACAAUCUUCACAAACCUUCAGGGAUUUUUUCUUACACUGAAAGUUGUGAUUAAUCCUCCACAGUCACAGGCCACAGCCAAUAGUAGUGUCACAGCUUUUCUUUAUGUCAUUUUAUAUUAUAAUAAGCAUGUUUUGAAAUACUAGUAUAGAGUGUAUUUUUUUCGUCGUAUGUUCUUUUAUAUUUUCACACACCUGGUGUAAACUAUUUCUGCUGAGGCUCUCAGGUCACAGACAGAAGUCCAAACGUAGCUCUGACCCGCUGCUUCACUGUUACCUCACUGGAGCCCAGAACCUUCCCUUCGACGGGAGUCAGAGUCCGACUCUGACGUGGGCAGGGAUAGUCGCAUCGAUAUUCUCGUAACUAAUUAACCUACGGGUUUCUUAUCUCCGUGUUGCCUCCAGCUUUUUCUCUGUCUAUCCGAGGGCAGCUGCAUUUUUACUUUAUUCUAACGCAGUGAAGAUUGCAUCCAGAGCCGUGCAUUAAGCAUCAGAUUGUUACUUUUCUCUUUUUGCUAUUUACAUCGAACGUAUAUUUUUACAUGUAUGUACAGUUUAGUUAGACAGAAUGACAUGGUGAGUUUCAUUGAGGCCCUGCAGUGUCACACAAGUGGUACUGAACACAGUAUUUCAGGAAUAAUAAUAAAAGGAAUAAAACAUGAAGUUACAGACGAGGACGAGGUGAAGAUCUCUCCUUAUUUUUUUACCCAUUUCCACACUAAUAUAUUUACAUUUGUAUGCAACAGUUUUCAGUCUCUUAUUUGUCUCUGUGGGUGAGUUACUGUUGUUUAUGGUCUGUGGUGUUUGAGUGCAGGGGGACAGGGUUUCCUGUGUGCACUAAACAUCAACACAUAUGACUGCAGGGCUGCAUGAAACUGACUACAACACAAACACAGUAUUAAUCAAUGUUUUACUCCGGCUUUACGAUGAAGUGUGAGGCCCAGAACACUGAAAUAGGCAUCCAGAUUUUUGUAUUUUUAUACAGCGGGCAUAUGCUCUUAUUUGUAUAAUAUACUAAUACUGUCAUAAUAAAUAUGUUUUUGUACAAUA